AGGCUGAGGUGCAGCGGGGUCUGAGGGCUGUGUCAGGCCCGCUGCCAUGGCGUCUUAUUUCGAUGAACACGACUGCGAGCCGUUGCACCCCGAGCAGGAUGCCCGAACCAACAUGCUGCUGGAGCUCGCAAGGUCCCUUUUCAAUAGGAUGGACUUCGAAGACUUGGGGUUGGUAGUAGAUUGGGACCACCACCUGCCUCCACCUGCUGCCAAGACUGCAGUUGAGAACCUCCCCAGGACAGUCAUCGGGGGCCCUCAGGCUGAGCUCAAGUGCCCCGUGUGUCUUUUGGAAUUUGAGGAGGAGGAGACUGCCAUUGAGAUGCCUUGCCAUCACCUCUUCCACUCCAACUGCAUUCUGCCCUGGCUGAGCAAGACAAAUUCCUGCCCCCUGUGCCGCCACGAGCUGCCCACUGACGAUGACACUUAUGAGGAGUAUAGACGAGAUAAGGCUCGCAAGCAGCAGCAGAAGCACCGACUCGAGAACCUCCAUGGAGCCAUGUACACAUGAGGUGGCUGGGACGGCACACCAGUCCUCCUCCACAACACCUUCCUCUUCUGCCUCGGAUUCUCAUUAAAAGUUUCUUUACCCAU